CUUGGUGAAGCGUCAGUGCGUUCCACGGUGCUUAAGGGGUGCUUCCCCUAGAAUUAUGGAUCGCUUCUCAUGGUGCACCGGGCUGCUGGAUAUAGAUGAGACUCUGGUGAUCCAGCAGCGCGGGGUGCGACUGUCAGACGGAGAAGAGAAGACCAAGUUUGAUUCAGGGACGCUUCUUUUAACGACUCACAGACUAAUCUGGCGAGAUCAAAAAAAUCAUGAUUUCUGCAUUGCAUUUCCUCUGUCCCAGAUCGUUUUCACUGAAGAACAGGCGGGAGGUAUUGGAAAAAGUGCUAAAAUAGUUGUUCAUCUCCAUCCUGCAACUCCUAACAAGGAGCCUGGGCCUUACCAAACUAGUCGCUACUCCUACGUCAAGCUGUCCUUCAGAGAGCAUGGUCAGAUAGAGUUCCAACGACGAUUGGCAGAGGAGCUAACACAAAGAAGAUGGGAGCGUUUAUCAGCAUCAGCAUCACCAUCUAUGCAAAUGAACAAAGGCCCACAGACUGGGAGAAUCAAGGCAGUGGGAAUUGUUGGCAUAGAGAGGAAACUGGAAGAAAAAAGAAAGGAGACUGACAAAAACAUUUCCGAGGCCUUUGAAGACCUCAGCAAGUUGAUGGAAAAGGCAAAGGAAAUGGUGGAGCUGUCUAAAUCAAUAGCUACCAAGAUUAAAGAUAAACAAGGGGACAUUUCAGAGGACGAGACAAUUCGGUUUAAGUCGUAUUUGCUGAGCAUGGGAAUAGCCAAUCCAGUCACACGGGAAACUCAUGGAUCUGGCACGCACUAUCAUAUGCAACUGGCAAAGCAGCUGGCGACAAUGUUACAGGCUCCAUUGGAGGAGCGAGGGGGCAUAAUGUCCCUAACAGAAGUUUACUGCUUAGUUAAUCGCGCCAGAGGAAUGGAGUUGCUGUCACCAGAGGAUUUGGUCAAUGCCUGCAAAAUGCUGGAAUCUCUUAAACUCCCAAUAAGGCUUCGUGUGUUUGAUAGCGGAGUUAUGGUGAUCGAACACCAGUCCCAUAAUGAAGAGGAAAUGGUGGCUUCUGCUUUAGAAACGGUUUCAGAAAAAGGCUCACUUACCUCUGAAGAAUUUGCCAAGAUUGUUGGAAUGUCAGUUCUUCUGGCCAAAGAGAGGCUGCUUCUUGCAGAAAACAUGGGACACCUUUGUAGAGAUGACUCGGUAGAAGGCUUGCGCUUUUAUCCAAACCUGUUUUUGACACAGAGUUAGUUCUUUUCACUUGCUGUUCCCAGUGGUUUUUACUUUAUAUUAUUAACCAACACCAUUGGCACAGCUGUAUUUAUACCUCCCAACACUCAAAAUAGUCUUAAGAAAAUUGUGGCCCUCAAAACCAUCAGUAUCACUUUGACUUUUUUUUGGCUGGAAAUUGAAACUGUUAUCUGGUUGCUAUGGUCAUUGGUUUGAAUGCCAGCCUGGUAGUUUGAAUGGGAGAGGGCCUGACUGAUAAUAUAAGUAAAAACAACAGUAAAAUCUACUGUUUUCUUGUUGGACUUUCAUCCCAGGCAACCAGAUGGCGAAUGAAAAGCAUCAAUAAUGAAUAUCAAUGUACGUAUCAUCAUAAAAUUUAAAGAGGUGAUUCACCUUUAAAUUAACUUUUAGUAUGUUAUAGAAUGCCCAUUUCUAAGCAACUUUUCAAUUGGUCUUCAUUUUUUUCCUUCUUUAUAUUUGCCUUCUUCUUCUGACUCUUCCCAGCUAUCAAAAAGGGGUCACUGACCCCAUCUAAAAAACAAAUGCUCUGUAAGGCUAUAAGUGUUAUUGUUAUUGCUACUUUUUAUUACUCAUCUUUCUAUUCAGGCCUCUCCUAUUCAUAUUCCAGUCUCUUAUACAAAUCAGUGCAUGAUUGCUAGGGGAAUUUGGACACUAACAACAAGAUUGCUGAAAUUGCAAACUGGAGAACUGCUGAAUAAAAAGCUAAAUAACUCAAAAGCCACAAAUAAUAAAAAAUGAAAGCCAAUUGUCUCAGAAUAUCACUCUCUACAUCAUACUAAAAGUUGAUUUAAAGGUGGACAAUCCCUUUAACUCUAGAAUGACCUUCCUUUUUAAUAGUGCUAUGGAUGUAGUGGGUAAAAGACAAAAUGUAUUUCAUAAUAUUGGAUUGAUGAGUGGUGUAUUUUUCUGAGAUAUUAAAUAAUACAAUUGAUAUGAAAAUGUAAAA